CACACACACACGCCGUCCCCUCCUCUCCUUCCUGCCCCUUCAGGGCUUGGGAAAGGCAGUUGGGAGGGGAGACUGAGGCAAAGCAGGGGCUGGGGCUGCGAGCGGUGCCCCUCCUGGCCCUGGGCUCCUGGGGGGAGGCUAAAGGUCCUGGGCCUGCAAGGGGCUCCUAGCCAAGGGCCCCUCCUGGCCCCUUGGCGAAGAGGGAGAGGGAGGCCAAGGGGAGCGCGCAAGGCAACGCUGGAGCAGCCUCGCUUGGGAGAAGGAGAAGGAGAAGCAGGAGCAAAGGGAGAGGAGCCUCAGAGGAGGAGGAAGGGACUAGGCGUCCUCCUUUUCCCGGACUCAUUCUCCAUUCCCAGCCUUCUUCGACCCAGGAGGAAUUCCCAAAGGCCCUCCAUUUGGAGCCUGGAUUGACAUUGAUAUCAGGCUGACCAGACUCCCUCCUUUUUCCAGGACCUGUCCUCCAUUCUCAGCCAAAUGUCCUCCUUUUUGAGCAUCCCUCGACAUUGAUAUCGGGCUGAUCAGGUGUUCCCUUCUUUUCCCGGACCCGUCCUCCAUUCCCAGCCGCCUUCUUCUCCAUUUGGGGCAGGACCAAGGAGCGAUCAGGGAGAGGACCUGUCCUCCAUUCCUAGCCGCCUUCUUCCCAGGAGGAAUCCCCAGGAGCAUGAACUGAUCAACCGACUGGAUCACGUCAAGAGCUCUCCUCCUCCCUUUCUACACAGAAUCUUCCUUCUCCUCCAGAGAAGAAGAAAAGGGAUCCCAAGCUUUCCAAGACCAGCACUAGGAUGGUUCCUCCUCCGCCCGUUAACAAACCCCAUGUCUGCCUAUCUACCACACUCAUCAUGAGCAGCAUGGUGCUGAUGGAUGCCUACCUGGUGGAACAGAACCAAGGCUCCAGGAAAUUGGGCAUUUGCAUCAUGGUCUCAGUUGGAGACAUCUGCUUCCUGGUUGUGCUGAGGUAUGUGGCAGUUUGGGUUGGGGCUGAGGUAAGAACUGCCAAGCGAGGCUAUGCCAUGAUCCUUUGGUUCCUGUAUGUCUUCGUGUUAGAAAUCAAAGUCUACUUCAUCUAUCAGAACUAUAAGGCGGACCGUAAAAGCUUGGACCUCAUGGCCCGCAAGGCAUUGACUCUUCUGCUGUCCAUCUGCAUCCCAGCCCUCUACGUGCUGCUGGUAGCUACAGAGCAGAUGGAGUAUGUCAGGACGUUCAAGAAGAAAGAGGACCUUCGUAAUCGUCUCUUUUGGGUAAUUGUCGACAUGCUGGAUGUGCUGGACAUCCAGGCAAACCUUUGGGAGCCUCAGAAGAAAGGGCUUCCCAUUUGGGCUGAAGGCCUGAUGUUCUUCUACUGCUAUAUCUUGCUCUUGGUUCUCCCAUGUGUCUCACUGUGCGAAAUAAGCAUGCAAGGGAUCAGUAUUGUGCCGCACCGCAUGAUGCUCUACCCAAUGCUGAGCAUGCUCACCAUCAACAUCACCACCAUCUUCAUUCGGGGGAGUAACAUGGUGUUCUUCAGGGACAUCCGUGUUUCUGGUAUCUUCAUGGGGAAGAACGUGCUGGCCAUUGUCCUCAAAGUCUGCAUGUUUGUGCAGUACAGGAAGCAUUUGCACCACACACCAGCAGGAUCUGGCUCCACAGACCCUCAACAACAUAACACCACUUCCCAGCCGCAGCCUGUCAUGCAUCUCUUGAAACCACAGAACCAGACUCCCUGUCCUGAAGGACUGGGCCAGGAGAACACAUGACAUAUGGUGUUUCCACAUACUGGGCAACAAGUAACACCUGUCUGUGAUUGUUAGGAUCAAAUGCAAAGAAGGACUGAGGAGUCUCUACUGAGCCCCACAGAUUCAGUCCUCCAGAAAGUUUGUGAGUGACCCUCUUCUCUUCCUCCUGUUGAACAGACAUGCUGCUGGAAAUUGGAAUUUCCCUGGGCUGAGAUAAGAUCAGUGGUGGAGUGAGACAGAACAAAUCCCAUUGUUGGUGCCAAGGUGCAAAUGAGCAGAUGGUAAAGUCAAGACAGGUGGACCACGAAGAGGAGCAGUUCCAGGGUCAAUAAUCAGCUCAGUGGUAACAGUGAGGAGUAAAGCAACUAACAAAAUUGAAAUCCUUUGCCUUUCAUGCAGUCAGCUGUUCCUCAAGUGGAAAUUGUUUUGGAAUGUAGCUGAUUCUGUUACUUGCAGUAGAUCUUGGAUUAUGAGGAAAGCAUCUUUUCUGCAUCAGUUGGAUCCAUAAGUUUUUAUAAUUUUGGUGACCUUCCUUUCUGGGAUGGUUGGAAGAAGCUGCAUCUGCUGCUUGACCCCUUAAAAUCCUGGGGAGUGCCUGGGGUGAGGGCAUAGGGUUUACAUCCGUUCCAGAGCCACUUUGACUUCUGCUGUGGAAACAUGCUGGUUCAUGAUCCCCCUUUCCUCCCCCUCCCACAUUUUCUUCUCUUUUCAAUAAAAUGAAGGCAAAGCC